AAAUCGAUACAUUUCAGAAGACUCAUGCACGCCGGUGUUGCCUGCGUCGGAGUGCUGGCGCACGCGUUUAUAGCGGCGUGGGUAGCCUACACGGUCCUUGCCCCCGGCCUCGGUUGGUCGCUCGUCAGCUUCUCCGUGCACAACACAUUUGACAGCGAGCCGCCUCUUUCCGUCUCAAUUGCAUUCUCGCCCAAAGAGUACUGCCUCAUGACACACCCGCACGGCGAAGCGACCGAAGUCUGUCUUGCGUACGGUGCCGACGCGCUGCACACGUCGCUGGACCCGCGCUUGCUCGAGUUUGUCGCUUCAACGUGGUGCGGAUGCUCUGUGAGCCGACGGUUUGACAUUGGGGCAACGAUGCAACACGCAGUUUGCUCUCUUGUGAUGGGCGCCUGCCACUACACUAUGGCGUAUAUCUUUGCGCCAACCGCACUUCUCGCCGCCCUGCUAUAUGUCGCGGCCCUUGUUUACUUCAAGGAAGAAAGCGUCGUUGGCAAGGCACUCGGCUUGCUAAAUGUUGUGAUGAUUCUCGGACUCGUCAUGGUCCUCGGUACGUGGUUGGCCUUUGACCGGCAGUCGUACCUCGGCACGAAGCGAAACCUCGGUGAGAAGACGCCGGCGUGGCGGUACGGAGGAGCGGUCUACGGCCUCGGUAUCAGCGUUGUCUGUCUCUGCUUCUGCGUGUGGCUGAGCGGUGUCGUCGUCAAAUCCCAAACGCUCAAGUACAUCAACCGACAGCAUCUUCGCGAGCUCAAGCGGCCGCCGUUAGCGUGCCCCGCCAACUAUGCUUAGGACCUCCACAACCUCAAGUAUUUAAUCUUUUAGUCUUCGA